UGCUGCCAUUGCAAUCAAACAGUACAGAGUACACACUGCACUUGACCACUUGACUUUGGACUUGGAUUUGCAUUUUGCACAUGUUUUGCCAACAAGCCUCAAAAUAAACGACGACCAACAAAAUGUUAAAAUUCAGUCUAAUUGUUGCAGUUUGUAAAAAUUUCGGAAUCGGUAUCAAAGGAGACUUACCAUGGCAUCUAAAACAAGAAUUAAAACACUUCUCUCGAACAACAAAAAAGAUCAAUGACUCAAACAAAAAGAAUGUCGUAAUUAUGGGUCGCAAAACAUACUUCGGAGUCCCCGAAAGUAAGAGACCACUUCCAGAUCGAAUAAAUAUCGUUCUAACUCGAAACCCAGUUCCAAGUGACUAUCCAGAAAGUGUCAUUUUAUGUUCUAGUUUAGAACAAGCUAUGAAACGUUUGGAAGAAGACAAUGACCUCAAAUCAGUGAUUGAGAAUGUUUGGAUUGUUGGCGGGAGUGAAGUCUACAAAGAAGCAAUGGCUUCUCCUCGAUGCGAUCGAUUGUAUUUAACUGAAGUUGAUGCAACAUUUGAAUGUGAUGCAUUCUUUCCAGAAAUUCCAAGUGAUUUUAAAGAGAUUCCACUUGACGAUGAUAUGGCUAAAGGAGUGCAGGAAGAGAAUGGAAUUCAAUAUGUUUAUAAGAUCCUUAAGAAACAACACGAAAGUACAAAUGGAAAUAACUGAAAUCUUAAAUAAACUUAAAACUUUUCUAUUUUUCUAA